GCGAGCGCGUUGUUGCGGUUGCUGGUCGUCGACGUCGGCUACGACUCGUUUGCGGGUUUGUACGCCCGCCUUUUGUGUAAAGAAGUCGCUCUGGAUAUUACUUUUUCCAGGCAUUCAUGUGGUGAAGAUUCCGAGGCUGGACGUCCGACGCUGAGAGCAAGCAGACGCCAAACGGUUGCUGCUGAGUUUGAGCAAGACUUACCAAGCGAUCCCCCAGAGGUGGCAGCUUGGUACUGCACGAAGUCUCGACCAAUGCGCAUUUAUUUCCAGUCACUUUGAAGGUUCACAGAUCAAGAUAUCAGCAAAUAUAAAUACUGGAAACCGUCCACCAUGUCCAUCAUCAUCCGACUGCAGAACUUGCCCUGGGCCGCAAAUUCGCUGGACAUUCGUCGCUACUUCCAGGGCCUCAACAUUCCCGAGGGUGGCGUACACAUCGUCGGCGGAGAGAAGGGCGACGCCUUCAUCGCCUUCGGCAGCGACGAAGAUGCGCGCCAGGCCAUGGAACGCGACGGUGGCAAGAUUAAGGAGGUCCGCAUAAAGCUACUGCUCAGCUCGCGCGCCGAGAUGCAGCGCAUCAUUGACCAGGCGCGCGCUCAGCACACGGCGCCUCCACCCGUCAAGAAAGAAGAGCGCCGCCGCCCCAGCCCUGACGACCGCUCUCGAAGGCCACCACGGGACCGUUCACCGAGGCGCCGGUCGUCGCGGCGGGACCGCAGCCACAGCCGCUCGCCGCCAUACCGGAGGGACAAGGACCGAUCGAGAUCUUCGCGUUCCGAUGAACGCCGCCGAAGUUUUGACGAUCCUGGCCGAGUGCCGGAACCCUCGAAAGUGUCUAAUGGCCAGACGUCGGAACGCAAGGGAGGUUGGGAUGAAAAGCCACCUUACACGGAUCCAAGCAAAGCGGCGCCGCCUAUCUUCCCCAUCGGUAACGUGAACCAGGCAGCACGGCCGCAAACUGACAUCAGCCCGGCACCAAUGAACAUGGCUUGCCAACCCGCAGCGCUCCCAAACUUGGCGGCUUUCAAUCUGCCCCCUGUUAACUUGAUGAGCAACCUGUCUGGUCUUGCAGCCAAUAUGAUGGGCGGCUUAAUGGGCACUGCAGGUGGUGACAUGAUGGUUGGCAUGGCGGGCAACAUGGGUGAAGGCAUGCCCGCCAACGUGGCCAACAAUCUUCCCAGCAGUCUUGCCGGUCAAAUCGGCGGUGGCAUGCCAGGCAGCAUGGCCGCCAAUAUGGCCGGAGGCAUGCCAGGGAACGUUACGGGCCAAGUGCCUGCUGCACUUCCCGGUGGUUUAGCUGCCAACAUUCCUGGAAGCAUGCCCGGCCAUAUGGGUGGCAUGCCAGGAGCUGCCGGUGGCAUGGGCGCCAAUGUGAGCGGUGGGAUGGCUGCUGCGAUGCCUGGCAACAUGGCCGCCAACAUGCCAGGUGCUUUCGGCAUGGGUGACGCGAUGGGUGUUCCAAACAUGGAGAGCAUGGGAAACAUGGCUCCCAGCUUUGUUGAUCGACGUUUGGAUGGCGGUGGCAAAGCUGACCGAAAGAACGAUGCAGGGCCCCCUGGUGGAGCACGCGACGUGCCCCCCCGUCAUGCGGAGGAGAGUUGCUGUGUCGAACUGCGUGGCCUUAGCGGAGCCCCAGCACCGCGUGAUGUGAAAGACCUUUUCCGAGGACUGCGAAUAUUCAGUGGCUGCAUUCGCGUGGCCACUUCGGAAACUGGCAUGAAGAGCGUGGUGGUGCGUUUUGCUAACAAGUGGGAUGCUCGUGAAGCUAUUCAGGGUGACUACAAGGUGCUGUGUGGAGAUCCGAUUCAGGUAGUUCCUUUCCCUGAGGACCUUUUUGAGCAAACUGAAUUGCUCGUCUCGCCAUCUGCGGCACCACCAAACCAGGGCCGCACCCGCGAAUCAGACAUGGUCGUUGUAAUGAAGGGUCUUCCAUACAAUACCAGUGAGCAAGACGUCCUGCAGUUUUUUUCGGGGCUCAAUGUUCUGGACAUCUUAGUGGAGCAUGAUCGUAGUGGUCGCGCAACGGGCAUGGCAUUUGUGGAAUUUGGUGACAAGAGAGACUUUGAAACUGCCAUGAACAUGCAGAGACGGAAAAUCGGCCACCGCUACAUAGAACUUUCUGUCGGCAGUCGCGAUGUCAUGUAUGCGGCGCGAAAUGGCGAUAAUAUCCGUCCUGAUGGCAUGCCGGUGGGUCGGCGAGAUGAAGAGCCGCCUGUUGGGCAUGGAGUCGGACCUGACCGUGCCCCCGAAGUAGGCCACGGACCGAUGCACGGGCCUGGGAUGGGCCCUGGGGCGCCGGCCCACGGAGCUGGCCAUGUGCUCGUGCCACCUGGACACACCUGCGUUUCCAUGCUUGGAUUGCCGAACACUGUGACUGACAGGGACAUAGCUGACUUUUUCAGCAUUCAGGGCGUCAUACCCCGCGCCAUUCAUAUUAUGCUUGGAGCAAAUGGCGUACCCACCGGUCACGCGUUUGCCGAGUUCGCGACUCAUGCUGACUGUGAGAGGGCAUUCCUGCAAGACGGUGCUAACCUUGGGCCGCACGUGAUAGCGCUCAAGACGAUACCGUACAGCGAAGUAGCGCAAGCGUUGGGAGGGCACCACCGUCCCGACGGCCGGCCAGACGGUCGUCCUGAGAACCGCUAUGACAAUCGAUUCGAUGGUCGCUUCCACGAACGCGGUGGUGACGGCCGGCCCGAAAGGCCGGGCAUGCGGCCAGAGGGGCGCUUCGAGUCAGGACCGCCGGGGCCGCCUCUGCGUGACCGCGAUGGUCCGCCUAAGCGGCCACUGCUCGAGCGCUCUUCGCGGCCGCCUCUGUUCCCGGAAGGCGGGCCCCGUCGUGGUCCUCUCUUCCCGGACCGUGGAGGGCCCCUUCCUGAUCGCGGAGGGCCCCUUCCUGACCGCGGAGGGCCCCUUCCUGACCGCGGAGGGCCCCUUCCUGACCGCGGAGGUCCCCUUCCUGACCGCGGAGGGCCUCUUCCUGAUCGCGGAGGGCCUCUUCCGGAUCGUGGAGGGCCUCUUCCGGAUCGCGGAGGGCCCCUUCCUGAUCGUGGAGGGCCACUGCUAAGGGCGCCGCGCCACGAGGAGCCGCCGCUGCCAGCCGCGCGGCAUGGAUAGCUUCGGUAAGCCCGGAUGCGUCGUCACCGCCACAAAUAUUCCGUACCGUGCGGGUGUCGAGGAUAUCAUAAACUUCUUUCAGGGCUUCGAAUUGACCAAAGAGAAUGUUAUGCGGCGUUUCAACGACCGGGGC